AUGUUCAUCCAACAGCUUCCUUUCGACAUUUUACUCGACCAUGUCAUGCCGCGGCUGGAUGCGCAUUCUCUAGCUCAGCUGUCAGGUACCUGCCGUUUGUUUUACCGACUCUGUAACGACGAAAUAGUAUGGCAACACCGGGUAACGGCCGAUUUUUCGUUACCCAUGGCUACGGACCGACUCAAGAAUGGAUGGAAGCGAUUAUAUAUUCAAUUGGAUCGAGCACAGACGUACACAUGGGGCGAGAAUAGUGAUAAACGACUCGGCUUUAGUGACCAAGAUCAUGCAGACCGAGACACUUCCACACACACGCACAGAUUCAUGCGACAAAUUACGACACCGCGGGAGCUGCGAGCAUUACGCGGUAAAGGCAUUGUGGAUAUUGUGGCCGGUGGUUGGUCUUUCCAUGCUCUUGACCGUCGAGGACGAGUAUGGAUGUGGGGCUGGGUAAGUACACAUCUCUGUCAUCGUCGUGGUCUAAAAUCGCACCAAGAACCAACCCAUGUACAAUUCCCUGACAAUGUCCAUAUCGUAUACAUCGCCAGCGGCCGUUCUCAUGCCAUUGCCCUAGACACCGCCGGCCGCGUGUGGCAUUGGGCCAACUGCUGGCAGCCACGCCAAGUGCACGUUACGCAGGCAACCACAUCGAAAUUCAUCCAAAUCACAGCCCAUUGGAACUCGUCCGCCAUUCUCUCUGCAACGGGUGAGUUGUUCCUGGUCCCAUUUCCAAGCACCGGAACAGCCACCACCACCACCACCGUUCUGAACGAUCCACCUGUCACAUACCCCUCCUCGCCAUUCGUCCAGAUUGCAGGCACAGAAAAAUACACCAUUGCCCUCACACGAUCGGGUCGUGUGUUUAAAUUCUGGACGGAACGACGAGAAGCGUUUGUUGCAGCACCCGAGAAUUACACGACGGAAUUGAUCCACUUUGCUGUGCCUCCUCAUCCUCAAACCCUCUUGUCAGCUCAGUUUCGGCAUUUCGCCAUCUGUUCCCAGGGCAAAGUAUUGAUUGGCAAACAGGACUGGGAUCAGCAUCAGGUUCCUCGUAUACUCGACGCUUCAAACCAUGAGAUUUGUAAAGUUACUUUUGGCGAUUAUCAUUUCGGUGCACUGACCACCCAAGGUCGCUUGUUGACUUGGGGCCGUUAUAGCUCGGGAGCGCUUGGACGGGGCUAUGAUCACAGUGACAUCAACGAACGGGAGCCUCAGUUGGUAGAGACGUUAAAUAGCAUGUUUGUGUUUGCCGUUGGCUUCGGAGGAGUGCAUUCUGGCUGUCUAGCCAUUCCUCGUCAAUCUUUGUUGCAGCACAACCAUAUAUGA